AUGCGCAUUUUAUCCGCUCUGCCAAUUGCUAUCUCCUUCGUUUUGGCAGCUACAAUACCAAUACCUCUAUUUACUCGAGAUGAACCCGACCCAGUGAACCACCUUAUACAAAUCGAAUCUCGGCCGUCGGAAUCCAACUUCCAAACGAUAAAUCAACAUAUGCUACCCCAAAGUGAACCAUGGGAAGAUACUCAGGGUCGUGAUUCUAUACUUCGCAACCAAGAUCGCCGUGAAAAACUAGUCGCUAUGUGUGAGGCUGGCUUUGUCGCCGAUUGUCAACUCGCUAUUGAGGAGGCUAGCUCGGUCGCGAACAAUGAUAAGGCCGAGCCGAAGCUAUUUUUGGGAUUCGAAAUAUCGCUACCGAGUGUUUUAUGUGAAAAAGCAGAAGGAUACCCUGUUUACUGGAAUCCCGUAAAUGCUUUCGGUCUCUGCAUGGUAUUGGUUGUCGUCGCGGUUAUAUGCUCAACGAACAGGCGCCCAAAAUCCUCCAACUAUGCCUAUGAUCAGGUAAAAUCUUCAGAGUCUUGA